AUAUUUAUUUGUGGGUGGCCAGGAAGGAAUUCAUUUUUUCUUAAUAUCUUCUUACUCAUGUCAUGUCCAACACAGUAUUUAUUCAGAAAAAGUAAAGUUGAGUUAGAUUAAAGUAAGAGAAGAAAGGUUCAAUUCAUUUCCAUUCAAAGGCUUUGGCUUCAAUUUGGAUAAACUACUCUUUCUUUCAUCUGGUUGUCAUGAGAAAAGAGGAAUAGAAAAGCAGGUGAAUCCGGUAGAAAUCCUCAAUUCUCAUUCCAAAUCUUGUUUAGGAAAAACUAUCGAUAUUGAAAUUAUUAUAAAUUAAUCUCUGACGGAAGGAGUAGACAUCCAGCAAAUGGAUUCUAAUUUGAAAGGGCAUGUUUCUUCCGAAUAUGAAACAUCAUCAAAACAAGAUUCAUACCCAAGGGUUCAAGGUGUAGAUGUUGGUUGGUUUUAUUCUUAUCAGAUGAAGACAGAGUUGACGAGUUCAAAUUUGAUGAGGAUAAGGGAUUUUAUGAGCCUCUUGUUGACUUAUCCAAUGAAAUUAGACGAGGAAGAUAUACUCAAAUCCUGGCUUGCUGCAUUUUCUGAACGAAAAGCUCACCUAUUGUCCUAUGGUGAGGAUGAUAUUGUGAUGAUAGACAAACCAUGGCUUGAACUAACUGAAAAGGCAUUCAGACGCAUGCAAGUAUUUAUUCCAAUGCAAAGAAUUUGGGGGAGAUCCAUCCAAAACCAUGUAACGCCAGAAGCCAUCCUCCCCAUGGCAGUUGAUCUUGCAGUUGACCAGCUAAUUCAAACUUUGUUUUCUAGAGAUUGUUCCGCACGCUAUAUCAGACUGUUAACUAGAAACUUGGUUGAAAAAACAUCUGUAGUGAACAAAGUAGCAGCAGCCUUGGAAGAGAAGGAAAACGUGUUUGGAACUGACAAGGAUUUUCUGAGAGCCCUAUGGAUCGAUGCCUCAACAUAUGGGACUAAUGCAGAGGUUCGAGUUCAAGAAGAGAUCAAUACAAUGAUGGCAGUAGGUUUUCCUGUGGCAGAAGACGAUGACGAGUUGCGUGCUCAAUACAUUGAGGAAAAGAUGGCAAGUAAUAGGCAUUUGGUGAUUGUAGUCAAUGCUAACAGCAACAAGAAGUUGGACCUACAACAGGUGCAUUUCCCUACUGGAAUUGUGGUGUUGAUAACCACUGAAUUGCCAACACAGGUAAAUAACAAUGAUGACUUUAGGAUUACAUGCAUGAUGGAUUUGAAUAUUAGGAUCCAGGAUCAUCUGUUGCAUUGGCAAGUCUUUUGCCGCUAUGUGAAUUAUAGCACGAUACGUUCAUCAUCGACCAUUCAGAGAAUUGCAGCACAAAUAGUUAAGGAAUGCCAUGGUCAUCUUCUUGCCAUUGUCCUUGUGGCAAAUUACUUGAAACAUAGGCAACAAGUUAGACAAUGGGAACUUGCACUUGUCAAAUUGCUCAGCCUGAAUCCUUCCUAUGAUUAUCAAGGUAGUGAUAGAAUUGGCAUUAGUAGAGUCAUGGUCAAUGCAUUCGUAAAUAUUAUUUGGGAAGACAUUAAUCGUGGAGAAAAGCUUUGCCUUGAACGCAUGUUGUUUGUUCACAACAUUAAAAUCGGAGUGCAAGCUGACAUCUUGGAGUCUAUGUUUUCGACUUUAUUAGGACAUAGUAGAGGAGAGAGAUUUGCACAGCCUCUCAUCAAAAUGCUUCAAGAUCGUUUUGUCUUGUUGAACGAUGCGAGUGCAGAUUUUUAUGUGCCGGUAGAAACCUAUGAUAUAAUAAAAUCAUUACACACCUCGAAUCCUUCCAUCAUAAGUCAGGGUGCAUUAGGAUUAACAGAGUUACCCUAUAUUGGACGAUGGCAUGGCCUUAUUCGAAUAGAACUGAUGGACAAUGAAAUAUGUGAGCUACCACAAUCACCAGAUUUUCCUAAGCUCCUAGUGUUGUUGUUGCAGGGCAAUGCUGAUUUGUUGGAUAUUCCUGACUCAUUUUUUGACCACAUGCCUCUGCUACAACACCUGGACUUAUCCUACACCAGUAUAAGGGAUUUGCCCCCAUCUGUCUCCAAACUCACACAACUCAAGAAAUUUUAUCUUAGGGGUUGUGAUCUCUUCAUGGAACUACCCCCUCAAAUUGGACAGUUAAAGAAUCUCGUAGAUUUUGAUCUUGACGGGACUUUGAUAACCCAUUUGGCAGAAGAGAUCAGAGAAUUGAUCAACUUGCAAAGCUUAACUCUCUGCUUUGAUAGAUACCAUCAUUUACUUGGUUAUGGUAAAAAAAGCAAGCAAAAUUCUAAUUCAACAAUAAUUCCUCCAGGAUUGAUAUCAAAGCUUACUCGAUUGAGUUAUUUAAGCAUCAAUGUUGACCCUGAAGAUGAGCGAUGGAAUGAGAAUGUUGUUAGUGUUUUGGUCGAAAUUUUUGGAUUAAAGAAGUUGCAAAAGGUGAGUAUAUAUGUCCCAAAGGCUGAACUUCUAGAACUCAUUCCCUCCACAAGAUUCCUCAAUUUCAAAUUGGUUGUUGGUCAUCAUGUGAAACGGUUCAUAUCGCGUGUAACACCUGAAUUGGAGCAAAAAUUCAAAAAUUGUGACUAUAGUAUAAAGUUUGUUAAUGGUGUAAAUGUUCCAAAUGGAGUGAAAAUGAAUCUUGGACAUUUCAAGGCCUUGUACCUAGACCGACAUAUGACCAUCAAAAGUCUAUCUGAUUUUGAGUUGAGGAAUUUAUCUGGGCUACAAGUAUGCAUAUUGGCGGAAUGUAAUGAAAUGGAAACAAUUGUUGAUGGGAGUUAUUUACAUGAUGAGCAUGCUCUUCCAAAUUUGGAGUUUUUGAGUGUAUUCUAUAUGAAAAAUUUAAGAAGCAUUUGUGAAAGCCCUGAACGCUCCUUUCUCCACUUGAAAUCUAUAGCAUUGCACACUUGCCCCAUGUUAACUACCAUCUUCACUUUUGAGUCUCUUUACAACCUUUAUUUUUUGGAGGAGAUUAUUAUUGAAGACUGUCCAAAAGUGACCACUCUUAUAAGUCGUGAUUCACCAGAACAAGAAAGUGCAGAGCGUAUCCUCCACAGGUUGAGAAUGAUAACACUUCUCUACCUUCCUGAGUUGGUCAAUAUUUUUAAUGGUUUGCAUGUUUAUCAUACUUUAGAAAAGAUGGUAUUUUAUUAUUGUCCAAAACUCCAAAGCCUUUCGAAAUUGGAAUUGUCAAGCAAAUCCUUGAAAAUUAUCAAAGGAGAAAACAAGUGGUGGGAAGCAUUGAAAUGGAAUGCAGCGGAGUGGGGGGAUGCAGGUCGACCCAUUUUUCUCGAACCAAUUUUUUCUCCAAUAAAUGAAGAGGAUGACAUAUUAACCCAACUAGCUGCACAUCAAGGUUUCAUGUAUUUGCCAAUUUCAAGUUCUGGACGGUUGAUGGACCAAUCGAUAUCAGUAAGGCAGAAAGUAGUGCUAAAGGUGGCCAUAUACGAUGACAAAAUUAAGGAAAAAGUCAUGAAGAUGGUCUCCGGUCUUGUAGGAGUGAUUAUUGUAGAGGUUGAUUCGGUCUCUGUGGAUAUGAAGAGCCAGCAAUUCACCGUAAUUGGAAACAUGGACCCUGAGGUUGUAUUGAAAAAGCUGAGAAAGCUGUGUGACGCUGAGAUACUCUCUGUUGAACUAGCAAGGAAGAACAAGGAACAUAUUGAUAUCAAUGAGAUAUUCAUUGAUUUUGAUAUCGAUGAUAUACUCUUUAAUUCUGAUAUCGAUGAGAUACUUGCUAGAAAAUAUUAAAUAACACUAUAACCAGCUUAAAUGUAAUUUAAUAAAAUAAAAAGAUUUAUUAGCAAAUAUGAAAAGUUAUUAUUUUCAAAUUUUAUAACUGCUGAUAAUUAACUUGAUGGAAGUUAGUUGAAUAAGAGGAACUAUUUGGGUUCUAUCUUUGUCAUAUGAAACAACUCUCAUUGUUUUACCAUCAAAGAAAGUGAUGUGAGAAUAUGAAAUAUGAGAAGAGAUGGAUU